UAAAUUGAUGGUGGCGGAUAAUCCUUACCUAAAUAAACUUAUUGGUCUAAACUUAUCCACGAUUACCAACAUUAAUAUCACCAACACCUUAGUUAAUUUAUCCACUGAUUUAGAAGCUCUCCGACAAGAAAAUAAAGAAUUGUGUAAAAUUAUCAAAAAGACAGAUGAUGUUCUCUAUCAGAAAGAAUUAGUAUUGCCCGAACCUAUUCAAACUCUCAAACAAGCCGAGGAGGCUAUCCAACGACGAUUAGCCAAGACCGCUACGGAAUGA